AACUUCACUUGCUCGUCGUUUUCCUCGGUCAGCAAAAGAGGACUUCAUAAUGUGCAGCUUUUGGGGAGUUUUAUUCCUAGUUUCUUACGCCUUCGCAGCUCCAUUUAAUGGAACAGAAGUACCUUUUGUUGAGCCGGAAGUGCUGGAGCAGUUAUUAAAAAAUGGAGAAUUUGAAGAAUUCAGUAAACUUAUGGGCAUCGAAAAUGUAAACCUGGUCAUUCCAAGAGAAGGAAACGAGGACCCCAUGUACCACAAAGAGCUUCCAUUGGGAGACGUUUUAGUCCGCAAAAAUCAGCUAGAAGAAGGCAGGGUUGUUAUUAACUUCGAUAAAUAUCCAGGUAGCAAAUGGCCCAAUGGUGUUGUGCCGUAUCGUAUAGCAUCUGAUGGUUAUACUGCCGAGCAGAGAAACACCAUUCAAAACGCGAUCAAUGAUUUCAAUGCGAAGAACACAGGUGCAAGAUUCGUACCACGGAGAAGGCAAAGAGAUUAUGUGAUGAUAUUCAGCGGAGAAGGGUGUUAUGCAGUUUUGGGGAGGACGGGCAACCAGCAGCCUUUGUCCUUACAGAGCAACGGGUGCGUUUACAAAACCACCGUUCAGCACGAGAUGAUGCACGCCCUGGGAUUCCACCACGAGCAGUGUCGCCCGGACAGAGACGACUCCGUGCGUGUGUUGUGGGACAACAUUCCUCCAGAGUGGCACUCGCAAUAUGAAAAGUUGAACCCAGACGAUUUCAAAACAACUACAGAUUACGACUAUUACUCCAUAAUGCAUUACGGAAUGAAUGCUCCCGGUACUGGAAAAAGAGCUUUCGAAAUCCUGAAGCCAGGAAUUGACGAAAACCGUAUUGGAAACAGCGGCAGCAUGACGGACUUGGAUAUACAGAAGAUACGAAACAGCUAUGCUUGAAACUCUAUUCGUGACGUCAUGAGAUGACAGUGUUUAAAUAUGCUAAGUUUGAAAAGAUAUUUGUCAGCUAACAAAUGCAGAAAACUAUCCUGUACAAAUGAAUAAAAGGUUAAUGAAAAA